GAGUUAAUAAUUACCCCGUGACGGAUAAUUAUAUCUACGAGUACAGACAGUCAUGCAUUAGUAUAAUAUUAUACACGUGUUACUAGAUGUUAGUGACUUCGGUCCUAACAAAAGGUAAACAGCAUGAUCAUUCUGAAUUUAUUUCCGAAGCUAGGGGUACUGGAAUAACAUUACACUUGGAAGGAGGUACAAGGAAUCUAGCAUUUUCUGAAAUAGCUAAUCUGUUCUGGUUAAUUUUGCUUCUGUAAUAUGGAAAGAUGUGUUUCUAUGGGAAAAUUAUUUCCCCUCCAGCCUUGUUCGUUUAAAAUGCUUUCCAAAGACUUUGGAAGGGACAAACGAUGGUGAGAAUGGAAUGGCCCAAGCCGUAUUAAACAUUCAGUCAUGAAGCAAUGUGAAAUGAUACAGUUCAAUGCUUCCAGAAACUACAAGUACCCCUAUAGGUGACAGCAGAAGCUUAUCACCAGGAGUCUAUUUAUGGACUGCAUCACUUCUGAUUACCAUCUUCACCGUUUUAACCCAACACACAGACACACAAAAGAAACUAAAGUCUUUAAUCAUUAAUAAAAACUGAAACAUCAUAAUAUUCUUCUCAAUACAAUAGCUUCCUUUUGAAAUACCAUGAGGUCAUCUUCUGAGGCAUUCUGAAGCUUUGCCAGUAGAGGAAGAGACUGAUCAGCAGAGCAUUGUCCAGCUGUGCAGAGACUGGUCCACUGUUGCUGUCAAUUCUAAUCCUUCCCAAACACUAAAUCCCUUGACAAUGAAAUCACAUGACAGAGUCAAUCAGCCUUGCAUCAGUUUUCCAGAAAGUGCAAUGGAUUGGGUGUCAUUGUAUAUAUAAAGGACUCAGAUACCAACCAGCCUUCAAGCAGCUCUCGGAGUGAAGACAGCACAGCUACACUGAAAUACAUCCUCCUGCCUUAACCGGAAAGAGAAGAUGGACAUUGCAGUUCAGACUCCAUGGCUACGGCGUUCCCUCAUGCCAAACUCUCUCUUCCCCUCCCGCAUCUAUGACCAGCAUUUUGGGGAGCAUCUUGAUCCUGACUUCUUCCCCAACUUCUCAUCUAUGGUUAGCCCCUUCUACUGGCGAAUGCCAUCUCCCUUGUUCAGGAUGCCAAGUUGGGUACAAUCUGGACUUUCAGAGUUGAGACUGGACAAGGAUAAAUUUACAAUUCACCUUGAUGUUAAACAUUUCACUCCUGAAGAACUCCGAGUCAAAAUUCUGGGUGACUUUGUUGAAAUCCAAGCUCAGCAUGAAGAACGCCAGGAUGAACAUGGUUACGUUUCUAGAGAAUUUCACCGGAAGUACAAGGUCCCAGCAGGAGUUGAUCCAACUCUGAUCACCUGCUCCCUAUCAGCAGAUGGAGUGCUUACAAUCUCUGGCCCCAGGAAGGUGGCUGAUGUUCCUGAGCGAUCUGUGCCCAUCUCCCGAGAGGAAAAGCCUGUAGUCGCUGGACCUCAACAGAAGUAGAUCUUUUCUGUUCAGUUCAGUGCAAAAUGACUUCAAGCCAUUCAAGUAUUGCCUUUCGCUUUAAGUGUAACAUUUUUGUAUUGCUAUAUAAUCACACAUUCCUUAAAAUCUGUUAGCCUGCAAUAAACAUUUAUCUUUACUGCCUUAGUGAAACUUCAGUUUAAAUAAAGUCAACUAUAUGAAUAA